AGGCGGGACGUAAACACAGUCAGUGCGGAGGAAAGCGUCAGCUGGAUGCUCGCUGGAUUCAGCUCCUGUCUUUGUGAUUUUGAGACCAAAUAGCCCUUUAGGCUAUACAAUCAUUUCUUUCCAACUUCAGCUACAGUGCUAGCUAAGUUUGGAAAGGAGAAAAGGGGAGAAACGCCGUGCUCUAUUUUGCUUUUUGUGUUACGGUCGACGGUUAGAUGCUGCAUUAGCCCCAGUCGACCUCCCCUACAUUACAAAGGAGCGGACAACGUAAAGAAAUAACAACACUGACCUGGUUAUUUUUGCUUUUCGGAGAACUAAAAAAUGGAUAACUCUGGACCCAAGAAGACAUGUUGUGAAUCUAUCCGAGACUUCUUCACUUCAGCUAAAUUUCUUAUUUACAUGGGCCAUGCGCUGUCAACGUGGGGUGACCGAAUGUGGAACUUUGCCGUUGCCGUCUUUCUGGUGGAGCUGUAUGGGAACAGCCUGCUGCUCACAGCAGUGUAUGGUCUGGUGGUGGCUGGCUCUGUGCUGCUGCUGGGGGCCAUCAUUGGGGACUGGGUGGACAGAAAUCCCAGACUUAAAGUGGCCCAGACUUCGCUGCUCGUCCAGAAUAGUUGUGUCAUAGUGUGUGGGAUCCUCCUGAUGGUUGUUUUCCAGUUCAAAGAACAGCUUGUAGAGCUUUACAAUGGAUGGAUUCUGACAACCUGCUACAUUCUGGUGAUCACCAUUGCCAACAUUGCAAACCUGGCCAGCACGGCCAUGUCCAUCACCAUCCAGAGGGACUGGGUGGUGGUUGUGGCAGGUCAGGACAGCAGCAAGUUGGCAGAUAUGAAUGCCACAGUGCGGAUUAUUGACCAGCUCACCAACAUCCUGGCUCCCAUGCUGGUGGGUCAGAUCAUGGCUUUUGGCUCCCAUUUCAUUGGCUGUGGCUUCAUCUCUGGCUGGAACCUGUGCUCCAUGUGUCUGGAGUAUGCACUGCUGUGGAAGGUCUACCAGAAAACGCCAGCCCUGGCUGUAAAAGCUGGCCAGAAAGACCAGCAGCAAGAACUGAAAGAUCUCAGCCCUGUGAGAGAUAUGGAAAAUGGUCAGAGUCCUGAGGAGUCAUCUCAGCCACUGAUGAAUGACACUAGAGUGGUGGCAAAUCCUGAUGAUCCCAAGCGUCACGGCUGUUGCCAUCAGGUCUCUGAACCACUGCGCACCUUCAAGGCUGGAUGGGUGGCGUACUACAACCAAAACAUCUUCUUUGCCGGCAUGUCCCUGGCAUUCCUCUACAUGACAGUGCUGGGCUUCGACUGCAUCACCACCGGCUAUGCCUACACACAGGGUCUCAACGGCUCUGUGCUCAGCCUGCUGAUGGGGGCCUCGGCUGUCUCGGGCAUCUGUGGCACCGUUGCCUUCACCUGGGUUCGGAAAAAGUGCGGCCUGAUCCGCACUGGCUUCAUCUCAGGCGUGGCCCAGUUGUCCUGCCUAAUGCUGUGCGUGGUGUCAGUCUUUGCUCCCGGGAGUCCCUUCGACCUCAGUGUGUCACCAUUCCAGGAUCUUUACACUCAUCUGAUUGGAGAGAAGGUGCUGCCUGAGGCAGACCACAGCCUGACUGGUGUUCUCUCCAGUGGAAACGCUACAACUCCUGCACCAGCUGAAGAACUGCCUCCUCUCCAGUCUUACAUGUCCGUCAGUCUGCUGUUCGCUGGAGUCAUUGCUGCUAGAGUUGGUCUGUGGUCUUUUGACCUGACCGUGACCCAACUCAUCCAGGAGAAUGUGAUUGAGUCGGAGCGCGGCGUGAUCAAUGGUGUCCAGAACUCCAUGAAUUACCUCUUAGACCUGCUGCACUUCAUCAUGGUGAUUCUGGCUCCAAACCCAGAGGCCUUUGGUCUUCUGGUCAUCAUCUCUGUCUCCUUCGUGGCUAUGGGUCACAUCAUGUAUUUUCGAUUUGCCUUCAAGAGCCUGGGCAGCCGCCUCUUCCUGUGUUGUUCGCCAGAGCAGAAGGUGGAGACGGUAGACAGCCCCUCACUUCCUACCACUGUCUAAGACUGUUAAAGAGACUCCGUUCUGGGUACAUAUCUGUCAGGUCUUUCCCUAACCCUGGCUCCUAUAUAGCAAACUAACAUCCUUUCUUGUAGCAGAAAGCUAAUGCUAACAUUAAAGGUACAGUAACGUAACAUGCUAUGCUCAGCCAUUAAUAAAGCACUAAUCAUCAGCAGAGGUAGGUGAGUAGUAAGGUUGUAGUCAGAUAAAACUAAAACUGUUCAGUUUAAGGCAGGGUUUAUCUUACGUUUUGUCUGUUUGGGAGUCAGAUGAGAUCAGCCUCUUGACUGCAAAAGUCUGGUGCUUUCACAUAUAUAUGUACUAUGAUCCACCACUUUGAGGCUUGCGACCUUUUUUGGGUCUAGUUUGAGAUGUCAAGGGAGAUUCUCCUCAUAAAAACCUGGAUCUAGCUGAGAAAAAACAAUGUAGAGGUGCUUCAGCUGAUCAGAGGGCAAAAUGGAGGAGGAAUGUAGGAGGGAACCCUGGCAGCUUUUCUCAAACAGGCUCAAAGCAGAGCGUUCCAUUUGCAGAUGCUUCUCAGUGACCUCACUAAUGCUGUAGCUGCUUUCUCUAAGAACCUAGAGUUUCUAUUUGUACAAAGAGCAGGUUGUGGAUAUUGUUCUCCUGCAGUGGAGCAAAGGUUCUACUUAACACAUACUGGGAUCUAGUCUCUUUAAUAUGUGCUUAUAAGGGUUAUGCAAUUGUAUUUAUUCAGGCAACGUAGGCAGUGAUUUUUAUUUUUUAUAACUAUAUCAUCAGUAUUGCGCUGCACACUUGCAGUUGGAGCCAUACAACGUAAAUGUAAUGGUAUGUACCCUUGUCAACAGCAUCUCCCUCAGUUACCAAAGUCAAAGGCCACAUGUGGCAUAAAAGGAAGUGAGGGAAACCAGUUAUCUAUCCGAAGCAUUCCAAAUAUCUAUUUUUACAUCAGGUGGCAGUAGUUGUAUAGGUUCACUCUCAUACACCAUUACCUGAGAAUAUUUCUAACACUUAAGUGUGGCUUGUGGCUUCCGUUUAGUUUUACAUAUAGUCAACUUUUUUGUUAGUGUCAUUGUGUCACCUUUUCAUUUUUUAUGUUUUGAGUUGUCCGGGGUGAUUUUUUUUUUUUUUUUUCCCCAAACGUGAUUGUUGUUACACAGGCACUUUAAAUGAUUGACAUCAGUUAUUAUUGUGUGAUCAGGCAUUUGAUCAAUAUUUUUGCACAAGGCUCAAGUCCUGGCUCCCUCUCCCCCUAAUGCACAAUCUUAUAUCAGUCAUUUUACUAGUUUCUCUGUUAGUGUGUUCAGGUGUUGGGAAGUUGGAGGGGGUGGAUUGUGGGUAAAACAGGCACAUAUUGUCACACUCAGCACCACAUGUUUAAACAGAGUGACUGUACUAGCUCUGAACAAGUCUAAAUACACCCCAAGUUUACCUCAGAUGUUUCCUCAAAUGUCAGCCAGGGAGCUUAGUCAGCAACCCUUAUUUCAUCACUGCUUCAGACUGCCAAGAGGACCUGGACCAUAUCAUGGGUUUUGUUUUUAAUGCCAUUAGUUCCAGCAGAGGUGAAAACGUUUGUCUUGGUUCUACAUUUUGCCAUCUGUGUUGGAUUGAACUUGGUUUUACAAAGUGUGCAAAGAAUGUUUGCACAUAAUACCUGUUUAGAUAUUUGGUAGGUUAAAGGUCCAGUGUGUAAAAUUUAGGGGGAUUUAGGGGUCUCUGAACACACAGAUAUGUAAUAAAUAAUCUCAUGUUUAAUAUCCAAAAUUUAGCUAACAUUAGUUAAUGAGCUAGCCUAAUUUAAUAAUUUGUCAAACUGAGGGGAAAUUACAGAUAAGUUUUUGUUUUGAGCCCUAGUUUAUCUAAUUUUCUGCCACCAUCCUGUAUAAGACAGACUUUUCUUUACAAAACAGACAUGUUUUUACUUAAGAAUUAAUUUGAAUAUUCUAUUUCAUUAUUAGUAAAAACCAAAGAUAACUUUAAAUUAAUUGCAGAACUCGUAUUUCAAAUACUGCUGACAGAAGUUGUUUCACAAAUACACAGAAUCAAACAUGUUUCUGGUAUGAAUCACAAAGUGGAAAACUGGAGGCUUUUUUGUGUUCGCCACUACCACAGGGGAUGGUGAGAAAGAUAUUUAGAUGGUUUCAAACCGCAACUUCACUGCUAUAUUUCACUAAAUAUUGCACACUGAACCUUUAUAUAAUAUUGUUUUAGACUUUGGCAGUGAGAAGUCUGAAUGAAUGUCUACAAAAAGGAAAAAUAUUUCCCCACACAAACAAACCAUCUUAUAUUGUGUCCUUUCUACAUCUGACUUUUCAGUCACUUCUUAAGCCUUAUUCCAAACUAGUCUUGACAGCUGUUGAACGCACACAGGUGGCUACAGCCAGCCUAGCCAGGUUUUUGGUAAAGUGGGGGAGAUUUUUGCUUUGGAUGGAAAAGUAGCAGGUGUAGUAGAACAGUAUGGGCACUGUUGAGCUGUGUGCGUUCUUAUGAAACCUUGCAGAGCUGGUGACUCAUCGGUAACACAGCUCAUUUUUCACAGUCUGCCUUGGUUCAAGUUGACCUCAGACUUACUCUGGACAUAGGAGUAAAACCAGUUUUCCACUGGUUGGUCUGCUCAUUCAGGAAUAUUACACUUGGCAAUAAACUCUAUAUUUGUAAUGUAAAUAACAUUAGCUAUCAGUCAAUCUGAACAAUAGGAAAAUGUUAUUAAAAAAAACAAUGUAUACUGUUAUCGUUUAUUUUUGGGUUUUUUUUACAUGUUUUUAUAUACAUAGUGUUAACAUUGCCAAAUUGAGGUUUCUUUAAGAUUUUCAAAAUUUGUGUAUGAAGCAAUUACUGUGUUUUAUUUGAAUACAUCUGUAUCACUGCUUUAAUCUGACAAUAUACAUAUAAAUAUAAAUAUAUAUAUAUAUAUAUAUAUAGCUGUAUAUAUAUCAGUGUUAUUGUAUUUCAGUAUACAAAGCAUUAAAUCAACAAGAAAUCAAUCAUUUAUAUGUAGUAAUCACACUCCACUGAAUAUGAAGCUGUUGGUACUUCUAAUAUUGCAUGAGGUGUCUUAAAUAAAGAAAACCCUUUAUUAUUGUG